GGUAAAACGAAGAGCCGAAAGAGCCGGCUCUUCUUGGUGAGCUGAGCCAAAUGAUGUGGCUCACUAAAAAGAGCCGGAAUUCCCAUCACUAGUCUCACGUACCCCCCCGAAACGUAAAAGCGACGAUCUCAUUUGAAAACUUAUAGGUAUAACAGUCAAUUUAUUGUCCUCUGGACCUACAACGUUUGUUUUGUUAAUGUCUGCAGGACAAAAUUGCGUUAAAAUUACAUUAUAUAACAUAUUGAAUGCAUAAAAGCGUGUCACAGAAUCACGUUAAUAUGGGAAUUAUACUUUUAGUUGGAUGUUUGGGAACCCCCAUUCGGGACAUGUUGAAUGGUUCCGUCCUACUGGAACUGACUAUUCCUUGUUUUCCCCUAAAGGCGGUGGUUUUUAUUUACACAUCAUUUCUGUCGAGUAUUUACCAAAGAAAUACUUGUUAUUACACAUAAAUUAAGCUCCGUUUUAAAGGGUAAGGAAGCCGGUCUUAACGAGAUUGUAUUAAUUAGAUAGUGAGUGCAUUUCUAUAUAGGGCACCCCUGUCAGUAUUGGGUAAUGCUGCUGGCACUUCCUUGUUCAAAAGUUUUAUUAUAGAGGAAAGGCUUGUUGGAAAGUUAGACAUCUCGACGUUGUUAUUGUGGAUUAUUAAAGCCAUGGAUCAUAUGUAUCGUGGUGUAAGUACCGUGUAGCUGUCGCAGUGUUUCCAUGGCUACUAGGAGCAGGCUAACGUUGCACUGAGCGGCUCCGUGAAGAGAGAAGAUGUCCACGGCUAAUGUUAGCGAAGACAUCCGAGAGAAGUUCCCUCUGCACUCCGCCGUGUGGGAGAACGACUACCGGACUCUGGAGCAACACAUCACCUUACCACAGAAUGACAUCGAGGCGGUGGAUCCCAGAGGUCGGACACCUCUGCACCUGGCUGUGUCGCUCGGGCACCUGGAGUCAGUGAGAGUCCUUCUGAGACACGGUGCUGAAGUGACUAAAGAAAACAGCAUGAAUUGGACGGUGCUGCAGGAGGCGGUCAGCACCGGAGAUCCAGAGAUGGUUCAGUUAGUGCUUCAACGCAGAGACUACCUCAAAGCCUCCACUGCUCUGGGAGGAGUGCCUGAGCUGCUGGCAAAGAUCCGAGAGUCUCCAGACUUCUAUAUGGAAAUGAAGUGGGAAUUCACCAGUUGGAUCCCUCUUCUGUCCCGGGUUUGUCCAAGUGAUGUUUGUCGCAUUUGGAAAAGCGGCGCCAGCCUUCGAGUGGAUGCCACUCUUCUAGGCUUUGAAAACAUGACUUGGAUCAGAGGGCGCAGGAGCUACAUCUUCAGAGGAGAUGAUUCAUGUGCAGAGUUGAUGGAGGUGAACCAUGACGAUGAAGUCGUGGACACCGAACGCUUCAACAUAUCACAAGAAAUCGAGGAUGUCACGCUAGAGUCAAUGCAGCCAGCUGAACAGGAAGUUGCCAAAAGGUUGACAACUCCUAUUGUCAACACCUACUUGGAUACCAAGGACAUUGCUUUUGAGAGGAACAAGUCCGGGAUUUGGGGUUGGAGAGCUGACAGAACUGAAUUGGUCAAUGGAUUUGAUGCGAAGGUUUUCAGUGUGAACAACGUAAAUGUGGUAAUCAGGACGAGGACAGAGCAUCUCACAGACGAGGAGAAAGUCAGGAUAAAAAGUGAAAGGAACAUCUUGGAGUCUCUGCUUGGGACUGUGGAGCAGCACAUAAGUGCACAAGGGGAUCUGACUCUUGAGUAUGCAACUGCCACCAAUCCCACCGCCAUCACUCCAGAGGAAUACUUUGAUCCCGACUUUGACCUGGGGAACAGAGACAUCGGCCGACCCAUUGAACUGAGCAUUCGAACACAGAAGUUCAAAGGUACGCUGUACAUGAGCGAGGAACAUCCUCUGUCCCUGGUGGAGCAGGUGACCCCCAUCAUCGACCUCAUGGCUCGGACCAGUUCCCAUUUUGCACGUCUACGAGACUUCGUAACCCUGAAGUUUCCUCCUGGAUUUCCUGUUAAAAUAGAGAUUCCCCUGUUUCAUGUGCUGAAUGCCAGGAUUACAUUUGGUAAUGUCAAUAAAUGCAGUACCGAAGAGGAGGCGAUCCCAACACCAGCAGCCACGCCAACAUCCUCAGGAGAAGAGGAAGAAGCUGCAGCACUGCCUCUGUUUCAGGUGUGUCCUUCAGUGUUCGAGGUGCCCGUCAGUUACCACCGCCGAGGAGGCAGCCGACUCGCACCCAUGUCCAACAACGACGAGGAGCUUCUACAGUACGCCAUCCAUCAGAGUCUCCUGGAGUCUCGCACUGCGCCGGGCCAGGAGGAGGUGGAUGACGCAGAUGGGGAAUUCACUGAUGUAAUGCCCAGUAGCCAGAGUGACAGGAGUAUCCCAGAGGGGGUGCUAGUGGAAUUCGGAGACAGCCCCAGCACUGUCAGCUCCCCUUCUGCCUCCAGCACCGACUCAGAGCUCCGCCUAGCCAUGGAGCUCUCUGCACGGGCCCAAGAGGAAGAGGACAAGAUGAGGAAGCAGGAGGAAGAGGAGUUGGAGAUGAUCUUGCAGCUAUCACUCACUGAGAAGUAAAAGGAACAAGAGGGAAUAAUAAUAAUGCAACUUUUUCCAGAUCCAGAAGCAACCACCACACCUCAAUUUUCCUUCUUAACCACUGUAGUCAUCUAUGCAACUGCAGGUUUCUUUCUGUAGCAGACCAUUCUUGCACAGGCAAUAUCAGAUUCUCGCUAUCCAAUAUUUUCCAAAAUGUAUUUUUGGUAAGAGCAUACUCCUUUUAUAUUUCUAUCUCAGCAUAGUGUGUCUCCAUCCUCGAGCUUAAUUCACGGACUCUUCGGGCGGCUCUAGUUUUUAUUUAUUUUCUAUCCAAAUCGGAGUCACAGCAGCAACCCACGUGUGUUGAUCACAUUGUUGUCCAGAGUGGGGUCAAAUCAGUGGAAUUAAGGUUCUACGAAACAAAAUGAAUACUCAAGGGGACUUCAUGUAGCGCUGACACUCAAAUAUGGCACUUAAAGGUCCAGAGCACUGUUGUUUUUUUGUUGUUUUUUUCCCCUGGUACCUGAAAACAGCCUAGCCAUAUAGAAAGCUAAUAGUACUGUGGACCUAAAGGGACAUAUUUGAGUUUUUUCACUGCAAAGUCUUCCUACAGAGUCACUUUGUUGAGGACCGUGGGCUCACUGAAUAACGGAAAUCUCAGGGUUCCAGUUUUACAGAUUUUCCCUUCACUUUGGAAUUAGUUUGUAAAUCUAUCGGAAAUGUUUCUUUGGUGCGAAAUAGUAUCACACAUGCAUAUCAGCCAUAUCAAUAUUAAAUCAGAAAGUUGGGUUCAUUAAGUCAAAGCUUCAUAAGUAAAUGCAUUUUCUUGUACUUUGUGAAUGUACACUCUGCAGUUGGGUAAACAGGAGCAUGUUGCUGUGAGAGAAACUUUAAAUCAGCUGCAUGGUAACGUGAUAUCUCUGCUGCAACAAGGAUGGGGUUUAACUUUCCCGGCCUGAUUUUUUUUUUAUUGGACAUUUUCUCAGAUUUCACAGCGAGACGUAUUUUUGUUAACUGUCACUGAGCAACUUCACCUCAGUUCAGAAGCGCAACAGCAGAGAGCCGUCUGUCUGCGGAUUUACAGCCGUCAUGCAGUUUAAAAGCAGUCACGCCACCAAUGCUGCAGAGAUUAUUCAGAUUCCUUAAGGCAGUCUGUUCGCCUUUUGUAGCCACGAACAACUCUUGACCUCUGAGCAGAAGAAGAGACAGCACAGACUCUUAAGAUCAAGCAUGCCUGCCAUAUGUAGGAUUAGUUUCUUCAGCAUGUGCCAAGGGAUUUGCUUUGAUCUGACAACGCUUGGUGGGGGCGAGAGGUGGUGACGAUUUUGAUGUGGUGCCACUUAUACUAAACUUUUGAACAGAUUUUUUAAUUUUGUAAACUUAAAAACAAGAUGAAGAGGUUUCAGUUGUACCAGGGUGAUGCUGAGUAACAUGCAUUAACCACUAUAGUUGAUUUCACUGACUACCAACCACUUAUCGAAGGUCUCUCUGCGUAGCUGCAGCUGAAAAACGACUUAUUAUAUAAUAAACAAAUUUCCAAUCUGCUUAACAUUCGACUUUAAAAAGGCUAGCUUUGGUUAAUGUAAUGCAAAUCUUUGUAAUGCACCCUUUCAGCUGCAAAGUUUUUUUUUUUUUAAUAUGUUAAAAUUUUAAGAAAAUGUGUCUGUUUCAAAAUGUUCUAAAAUAAAAGCACUUUAUUUCCAUGAGGACUAAACGUGA